AUGUCUCGUCUGCGCCAGGCCCUGCAGCGCGUCUUUGGUGCGACUCCAACAGGCGCCUUGCGCUCUCGGACCAUUGACACGAAUUUCUCCAUUAUAAAAGGUAAUUGUGUUGCAACGCCUCUUCCCAACAUCAGACUAACGAAAUGCGCAGAGGGAGACCGAGUCAUUUUACACGGCAAACAACCCUCAUUGUCAAAAGCAUUGAAGCGAGGUGAAAAACUCCAGACUCCUCGCGGAGCAGUGGAACAUGACAGCAUCAUUGGGAAACGGGUCUGGGACACGGUACAGUCUCGCAAAGGCCUAAAUCUUCGAGUCAGUCUCCCAACGUUAGAAGAAUACGUCGCCCUGACCCCUCGCUUGGUCACGCCGAUCUAUCCACAGGAUGCCAAUUUGAUUGCUUCCCUUCUCGACAUCCAUGUCAACACUCCUGCUGCGGGCGAAAUACAACCCACUAUGGAAAUCCUCGAGUCCGGAACAGGCCAUGGAUCCUUGACACUACAUCUGGCGCGUGCCAUUCACGCCGCCAAUACCACUCCUCCGCCUCGUCCAUCGCGAUCUCAGAUCAACUACCUAGAAGGCCGUAUGAUCAGGCCGGGUGAAAAGGACACAGAGCAAACAGGAGAGAAACCCGCGGAGCAAAUCGCGGAUCCGGCACAGGAGGAAUGGGAUGCAUGGCGAACGCAGCGCAACGCCGUCAUCCACACAGUGGACGUAUCGCCGAAGUUCUCUGCGCUGGCUGAGAAAAACAUCCGGGGAUUCCGCCGUGGAAUAUAUGCAGGCAACAUUGAUUUCUACGUGGGCCCAGUCGAAAAUUGGAUUGCCCAGCAGAAACAGCAGCGGGUAAAGACUGGCCUGGCUUCACUGACUGGGGGAAGCUCUGUCGACCCGUUCCUUUCGCACGUUAUUCUAGACAUGCCAUCCUCAAACUUGAGGAUCCCGCAUGUUACCCCGAUGUUGAAGCGUGAUGGCUUCCUGGUGGUGUUCAUGCCUAGUAUCACGCAGAUCGGCGAGUGUCUGCAACUGAUCCGGGACCAGCGACUGCCCCUCGUUCAGGAGAAGGUGAUCGAGCUUGGCUCUGGAAUCAGCGGUGGCCGCACAUGGGAUGUGCGUUUUGCGACUAAAAAGUCUGGCGCCGACCCAGCGUCCUGGACUGUCCCUUCAGAUGCUGAGGGUGCUACUCCUGUUGAGACCGACGAGCAGUCCGCCGCCUCUGAUGCUGCUUCUGAGCUGUCCUCCGCAGAGGAGCCUCCGAAGGAAGGGGAGUCUGUCUUGGUCUGCCGGCCCAAGGUCGGAGUGCGUAUCCAGGGUGGCGGUUUCGUCGCAGUCUGGCGGCGGAUCGAAGACCGUUAA